UAAACGAAGAAACUGCAAGACUGAAAAGCAAGCAGCAUCUUAAAGUGCAGCCACUUAAGCACACGAAAUAGGUGAAAAGUAACAAUGUCCCUGACGGUCCUGACACAUGCUUGCAGACUGCGGAGCCUGUACAGAUUGCAGCGAAUCCAGGGUCACAUGAUGUCGAGUCAGGCAGAGCCGGACAUUCUCCUGGACAAAGUGGGCAGAGCUGGUGUGAUCACCAUGAACAGACCCAAAGUCCUGAAUGCUCUCAACUUGUCCAUGAUCAGACAGAUCUACCCCAAGCUCAAGAAAUGGGAGCAAGACUCAGAGACAGACAUCGUGAUUAUCAAAGGAGUGGGAGGAAAAGCCUUUUGUGCUGGUGGAGACAUCAGAGCGGUCACAGAAGCAGGAAAGGUCGGAGACUCUCUUGCACAGGACUUCUUCCGUGAAGAAUAUAUUCUGAACAAUGCUAUUGGAACUUGCAAGAAACCAUAUAUUGCUCUUAUUGACGGAAUAACAAUGGGAGGGGGCGUUGGCCUUUCAGUUCAUGGACGGUUUCGAGUGGCCACUGAAAAGACACUGUUUGCCAUGCCAGAGACCGCCAUUGGGCUCUUCCCUGACGUAGGAGGUGGCUAUUUUUUGCCAAGGCUCCGGGGAAAGCUGGGACUGUUUUUGGCCUUGACUGGCUUUCGUCUCAAGGGACGUGAUGUGCAGAGAGCAGGGGUUGCUACUCACUUUGUAGAAUCUCAGAAGAUCCCUGACCUAGAGAGGGAGCUGGUGGAGUUGAAGUCUCCCUCUGCUGAAGACGUAUCUAGAGUGUUAGACUCCUACCAGAACCAGAGUACUCUGGGUGCUGACAAGCCAUUCAUUCUGCAGAAGCACAUUUCUGAUAUUGACCGAUUGUUUAACUCCAGCAGUGUGGAGGGGAUCAUGGAGAACCUGAAGGCCGAUGGCUCAGAGUUUGCUGUAAAACAAGCUGAGACGUUGUUAAGGAUGUCCCCGAUGUCCCUGAAGAUCACAUUUAAGCAGCUGCAGAUGGGAGCGUCCCUGAGCCUGCAGGACGUGUUGGUGAUGGAGUAUCGCCUGAGCCAGGCCUGCAUGAGGGGCUACGACUUCUAUGAGGGGGUAAGAGCUGUGCUGGUUGACAAAGACCAGAGCCCCAAGUGGAAGCCAUCCACUCUCUCUGAGGUGUCUGAGCAGAGUGUUGAGCAGUGUUUCUCUUCUCUGGGAGAGAAGGACUUGGCUCUGUGAUGUCCUGCCGGCCUGCAGCUGCUUCUUCCCACCUUCAAACUCACCAUUAAGCCUCAUCUAAACAGCCACUUCCUGUUGAUACAAGCGGUCCAGGGGACUACACUGAUUACAACGGGUGCAUCUGAGUGAAACAGCCUUUUCAAAUGUCCUCCACUUAAAUAGUAUAAGUAAAUCUAUACAGAUCUAUAUUGUACUGAACUUGGUCUGUUGAUAUUUUAAGGGGAGAUUCAGGUUUACACCCUCUGCUCCUCUGCAGCUAAAGAAAGAGUGGUCUGAUUCACAGCAAGAAAUCCAAAAUAGGAGCAGAGGAACUAGCAAAUACAAACACAAUGUAUUUUGCUGAGUAGUUUUGAGCAUUUCCUCCAGAAGUUGUUGAAAAGAGUCAGCAAUGCAGCAACGUUACAUGUAAACAACGACAUUAGACGAGGGAACGUGAUCUCACCACUGAGUGCUUUAUAACAUUUCCUGUGGGUGUUUGUUAAUGUGACACAGAUCAAUAUCAUCUGCUCGCUGUCCUAAUUGAGAUCAUGUUUUGUCUCUAUUUCCUUCAUUUUCUUCAUUUCCACUUCUUUUGCUUUUGACUGAGAGCUGUAGUUUUCCAACUGUCAUGUGUUUGUUUUUGUAUCUAGACAUACUGUACAUGUGUCGUGGACAAGAACACUCCAAGAUUACAUUAUAGUGGAAUAUAUCUGUGUUCCAUUUCAGUCUUGUUUAAAAAAAACUCCAAACUAUAAAAGUAUAUUCAGAGCCUUAUUUCUGACCACAUUGUACAUAUUACAAAAUAGUUACUGUGAGCAGACUAUGAACUGUGUGGCAUUGAAUUGUGGAGUUAAGUCUGUCGAACUGUU